AUGGAAGCUGGGGCAGGAGAAGGCGAAGGAACAAACUGUGUCUCAGGGGUGACAGCAGCGGGGGGAGGCGGUGGAGACGCAGAAGUAGUUGAAGAAGGUAGAGUCAGGGGAGGCGGGUUGUCCACAAACGACGAGAUGGGAGGACGAAGAAAAGGAGAUGGAAGCGGGAUAGGUGAAGGUGGACCAGACGACUUACAGCCAUCAUCGGAGUCACUGCUGGCGGGAGAGUUAGGGAUGGGUGGAGCCGGAUCCCGUGGCUGCCGGAAGGAAAGUGGCAGAGAAAUGCGGGAUCGGGGCAGAAGGGGGGUUGGCAAGGCAGCAGGUUGGGGAAUUACUGGGGACGGAGGGGAAGCAGUGGAUGGUGGUGAAGCAGCAGUCGGAGCAGGCAAGAUGGCAGAGAUCCCAAACGCGGAACCCAUUGCCAUCGUCCAGAUAAGAGAGAAAAACAGCUGCGUGCGCUCUUGGGUCAAGCUUCUUCUGAGUUGCAUCCGGAACCUUGUGCCAGACCAAGCAGCCAAAAGGGUGAAGAGACGUGAAAUCGACAGGGGGAAGACCCAAAAUGGAAUUAGGGGAGUGAAAGCCCGAGGGUGUAUUGCAGGGAACUGA